CUCCCCUCACAUUCACUUGGUUACAGCCAGUCACUCAUUUACCAUUCUCUGUUAUUUUAUAACUCCUCGCCACAUCCUGAACGUCUCUCCUACGUUGGUUCACUAUAUGCACAAGUUGUCAUAAUGGCUGCAAUAAUAGCCAUUACAUUUUACCUGCUGAUAGGAGGUUGUGUGGCUAAGGUGGAGGUGUCAGAAUUAGAGGAGCUGCGGUCUUCUAUGAUGAUUACACAACUGGCUCUGUCCCAACAGGCACAAGUGUUGUUCCGAAUGGUGAAUGGUACCGAGCGUGUUCAGUCAUCAUGUCUUGAAGAGACGUGUUGUCCGUACCCUUACCAACGGGUACUAGACGAGUGCUUUUAUCUGAGCACAGAGAAACUAUCAUGGAGCCAUGCCCGUCAAUACUGUCAUGGAAUGAAAGGGACGCUGGCCAUGCCAAUAAAUGUCUACGCCCUAGAAUCAUUUGUCCACGAUAAAGGAGGUUCCGUUUUUGUCUGGCUUGGUGCCACUGAUGAAGGACAAGAAGGGGAGUGGAAAUGGCUGAACGGACGACCCAUAAAAAGCGAGGACUGGAGUGGGUCACAACCUGAUAAUUAUGAUGGAAAUGAACAUUGCAUGGACCUUAGACCUGAAUGGCACCCACCACUCAACGAUGCUAGAUGCAGCAACAAACAGAGAUUCGCCUGCCAGUAUACAUCAUAAUAUUCUCAAGAUCGUUUUUUUUUUUAUAAUAAUACAUGAACUAUGCCGGAAGUUUUUUUGUGGAUUCAAACGGGCGCACACAAGAAAAAUUAAUGGGUGAAUAUGUUAAUUUUGCUAUUUGUCUGUACUCCGAAUACUGUGUUACCAUGAAAUAUCUUCUUAUUUUAGUGUUAUACUUGCAAACAUAAAACAGAUAUAAUAUUCUACAACAAAACUGAUUGACUAUAUUUAGUUCUGUUUACAUAUAAUAAUUAUAAGCAUAGUCAAUGUUCAUGAAUAAAGAUAAAACCAGUAUAC